CAACACCCUCGUCUCUCCAUUCUUGCAUUCACCCCGUUGUUUCAGAUCCCGAGAAUGCUGACAUCAGACAAUUAGAGCCUUCUAGUGUAUAUCUAACGUCCACUAUAACCAGACCUGCCUCAAUGGCCCACUUAAAUGGCCAUGACCCUGCCCACCUUGACCUUCCGCCUUUUGCCAAACCGCUGGCUCCCUACAUCAAGAGCCGCCAGGAAGCUCUCCGCAUCCGACAAGCUCUGACCGUCCAUCUCCGCUCGCACAUCGUUUUCGCCGAAGACAAUCCUGACCAUCCGGAUCUGCAUGCCCAAUCCCAUCUGUCCCUCUGCGCGCCGCAGGAUGCCGUUGUCGACGUGAAGCGGAUCCCGUCGGAGUUUACGGGCUUGAGGAGGGAAUACCUGCAGGCACUAAAAGCAAACAUCGAGGCAAAGAAAGCAUACCAAUCGAUAUCGGAAGCGUCGCAGAACCCUCCCGCCGAGACGACUCCUUCGGAUCCCACGUCCGAUCUACAAGCUUACUUGCGGCUGCUGCGCGAUCGUCGCAAACAUGCGAAAUUGCAGGUCUUUCAGCAUUAUCUGCAUCAACUGAAGACGCGAGACAUUCCUACCCCCGAAGAGUUUGAGAGCAACGAAAAUCGAAGCCAACACCUUUUGGCAGCCGAGGAACUGGGAGAGGGCCAACCCAAUAAGUCCGAAGCAGGGGAUGGCCUUGAGGAGUUAGUACAUAAAUUGGAAAGGGCCGUGAUCCGAGCAAAGGCUCAAUUGGAUCGAGAGAAGAUGCUGCUAGAGCAAUUGAAGGCCGAACAGGGAAUGCAGGGGGAAAUCCCACCGGCCGCAAAAUUUGUGGCUCUACAAAGAACACGGGACGAACUGGUGCAAUGGGUGGAGGAGAAGCUGGUGAGCGUUGGGAGCGGUGAUGACGGUCCCAUACGGGAACCGCCGGUCGAGGAGAUCGAGGAGUCUGCAGUUUUGCUCGAGGAGCAAAAAGCUCAGAUUGCAGAGCAGUACGGUGCAUAUGUGGAAGCGCGUAAACGCCUUCUAGAUGCGGCAUCCAGGGCUUGCCAGCCGAUCGCAAAUGCGACUCCCAAUCCUCCCGAACGUGCCGUGGAACCCCCUCAAUCUCCAAAUGAAGAGACGCCGUCCUUAGAUCCAGUGAACGUACUGUCAUUCGCGAAUGACAUUCUCCUCCCACUUUCGAAAAGUCAGCGCGCGCUGGCCACGCAAAAAUUCUACUUGGCGGGAUUGCUCUCCAAAGAAAAGACUACGACCCUUCGCAUGCUGAAUCGCUUACGCGACGAGAGUCAUCUCCUUCCCGAAUACCCCAUCCUCGCCCGACAACCACGCUUCAAAAAUGCGGCAUCGGCCCUCAAUUCUCGACAUGCCGCACCGCCCAGCGAGCCGACAAAAACGGACGAGCUCGUUGCUUUGGCCGAGGCGUGGGCCUUUGCUUCCGAGGCCGCCGGGACGAACGAACGGGAGUACGUGGAACACAAGGUAGAAGAGGGCAGCGAGGCAGCCGAAGAUGCGCAACAGGUGCUGCGGGAAGUGUACGGGAUCAUGAAGCAAGAUCUCGACGAGACGCUACGGGAGUGCCAAGACGAGGAGCCUGAGGACGACAUCUGGGCGCAGGAGGCCCAGACAACGCGGUCACGCGGACGAAUGACUCGGAGCGAAGGGCGUCCGAAAGGGCCGUGGGCGGGAUUGAAUGGCCGGGUGGGUUUGACAGACCGAUAA